AAACAAAACAAUUUCAAGAGUUUUACAACAAGAACUCGAUCCAAAAGAUAUGCCAGAAACUGCAUUUAUUAUUUUCUUUUCUUUUAAAUAUAGAGAGGCAUUAGAUUAUAUGUUUUUUUGGCCAGAGGAUUUGGAAGAAGCACUUUGUAAAAAUGAAAGAGAUGAAAUUUUGGAAAGAUUAUUGUUAUAUUUUCUAAAGAAUCUAAAGAAUCAAGACAAACUUAUCGAUCCAAUUUCUUUACAUAAAGAAUUAGUGAGCUAUAUCGAUACCACUAUGCAAGAAGAUAAAGAUACUUACACCAGGGUCAAUCCUUUAAAAAAUGUGGAGAAUUUUUAUAAAUUAUCAGUUCGUGACAAGGUUCAAAUAUUAAAAGAUAUGGUAAUUAAACAAUUUUAUGUUUCCACAAAAAUCAAAGAACUUGCCAAAGCAAGAUAUCCAACAAGCAAAAGAAACAAUACUAUUCCAUUUGACGUUGAGAAAUUAGGAUCAGACUCUGAUGGUUCUAAAUAUUAUUAUGUUGGAAUUGGAUCUAGGAUUUAUAAAGAAUCUAUCGUCAACGACAAUAACGUUUCAUGGAGUGUUAGUACUACGACAGUUGAAGAUGUAUCAAACCUUGAGAAACAUUUUGAGAAGCGACUUAUGGGAAUUCCACCCGAUCAACAACAUACCGAUGAAAAGUCUUUUUAUCAAAAUUUACAAACUAUUAUUUCUCCCAUUAUAUGGCAAACUUUAGAAAAAGAACAAAAACUACCAAGAGAAACAAGAUUAAGAAUAUAUAAAUUACGUCAAAGUCAGCUCAUACAGAAAAAAAUUGAAUUAUCAAAAAAGGAUAACUAUAAUGAAAACAUAUCUCCAGUUCAUGAAAAAAAUAAAUCAGAAUCUUUACCUCUGCGUGAAGAUGGUGGCAUUCUUGAAAUAAACGCAAAUGCAAGUGUUGCUGGUGUGAGUAAGAAACGAAAAUCGAUUAUUAGUAAAGAAAGUGCAUCGACUCAAUCCAUAAUAAUAAAUGAUAAUGAUAAGUUGUUGAAUGAAGAAGAUCGUAAAAAGGAAAGUAUUAUUAUUGCAUCGUCUCCAAAAAGAGCUACAAGAUCGGAACAAGAUCAAUCCACUACUAUCAUGGAUACUGAAUUACAAAAACUCAAAUGGUCACUUAAUCAUCGAUUUUUUCUUGAGGAGGAAGCAAAAUAUGACGAAUCAGAGAUUACUGAUGCAGAAUUAUCAUCAUUGAUUGAUUGA